AACAAAGUGAAAUACUGUUACAACAUAUAACUUCUUUUAAUGGAGGAAAAGGAAUAAUACAAGAUCUCAAUAUAUCUCAUUUCAAGAAAAAAUAAAGGCUCUAAAGAUGAAAAUCAUAGCCAUCUUAAUUUUGCUUUGGAACCUUUCACUAUUAGCAACAAGUCUAAGCUGUGCUUUUAAAACAGAUGACAGUCAUAACUUCACUGCAAAGAACCAGACUUCAGUUCCACAAAAUAUAAAUAAAAACAUUACUAUACUAGAUCUCAGUUAUAACCAAAUCACUCUAAACAGUACAGACAUAAAUAUUCUUCAGACAUAUGUUUUACUAAAUGAACUCAAUCUGAACAACAACAAAAUUGUUUUCCUACGUAAUAACAGUUUUGAUAAUCUUUCCAACCUGGAAAUUUUAAGUAUUAGCAGCAAUUCUAUUGAUACAAUUGAACAGAAUGCUUUUUUAGGAUUAGAUAAACUAAAACAAUUGUGCCUUUGCCAAAACAAAAUCUCUCAGCUGAAUCCUUAUACACUGAUACCUCUAAAAAGUCUGAUGGCUUUGAACCUGCAAGACAAUAUGAUAAGUUAUUUUGAUGUUCCAAAAAAAUUUCAACUGGAAAAAAUAAUUUUAGAUGGAAAUCCAUGGAACUGCUCUUGUAAUCUACGUAAUUUACAGGAUUGGUUGAAUACUUCAAAAGUAAUGCUAGAAAAUGAGAAUAUCACAACGUGUAGCUCUCCAGUUGCCCUGAAAAACUACAGCAUCAAAGUAGCACUUUACAAGAAUGGAUGUCAUUCAAAAUCACUCUUACCUAUAAUUCAACUUUCUAAUAUUCAUUUCAAGUCUUCUGGCAAUCCAACAUUUUUUCAAAAUUUAAAUGACACUAUGAACAACGUAACAAAAAAUGCAGAAUCUGAGUCUCUUGGUAAAAGCUGGGCUUUUCUUCUUGGUGUUGUAAUUGUGGUCCUGGUAACUUCACUGCUGAUUUUUAUUGCCAUCAGAUGCCCAACAUGGUAUAACUUUUUGUUUAGCUACAAUCAUCGUCACUUGGAUGAGCAAGAGGAUGAUAUAUAUGAAGAUUGUACUAUUUACUCCAAUUCUCUUCCAAAAACACGAGAUACAAACCCAGAAGAAAAUAUAAUGAUAUUUGAUCAAUUAAGUUCAUUUGUGGUAGAUGAAGAUGGAUUUAUUGAAGACAAAUAUAUAGAUACUCAAGAAAUGCAUGAUGAAAAUUAA